AUGUUCCCCGGGGGAGUGGAGAACGUGUAUUUCACGCCGAUCCCCAACAACCCUGUCCCACAGCACGUUGACAAGGUGCUGGGCGACCCCUCCACGAUACAAGAGUGCGCGCGCUCCUGCUUCCUGUACACGGGGUUUGUCUGCAAUAGUUUCUACUUCUGCGCCUCGAGCGGCCAGUGUCUGCAUCAGCGGACCCACGGGCCUGGGAACGGCUCGGUGAAUCUUGGGCAGGGAUGCAGCUCAUUUUCCAGAACUAUCAAUUUGACAACAGUGGAGCCGCCAAAUGUCAAGGCCAUGUUGGAUCUGCGAAACGCUGUGUACAGCGGGGACCUCGUGCUUGAUAUACCCGUACCCAACUCGGAAAAGACUACAACCUUUACUGCAACCUCCGUUGAUAAUGUUUCAAAAAGUAGAAGAAAGCUCAUAAAAGAAGACAGCCCGUUGGCAAGUUUCGACGUGUACCGGAACUCGACGUGCUUCGGUAGCGGCCAGGCCGACACGGUGGACGAAGGGCUGUCUCUGGUCGAGUGCGCACAGUCUUGUCUGACCAACCUGCCCUUCUGUUGCACGGGGUUUAGCUACCUGCUGGCGUCCAGCACGUGCUCCAAGACCAAGACGGACCUCACCUUGGCAGCCGCCAGCACUUUCAGAAUGAUACAGCGUGCAUCAUUUAUUCUAGACACUACACAGACGAGUAUGACGUCAGUUCAGGAGCGAUGACAGCAGCCGAGUCUGAUAACGUCGUUCCAUCAACGUCACCGGAGCUCUGUGCGCGACAAUGCUCUCUGAAUUUAACCAUUCCGUGCAGAAUGUUCCAGUACUGUCCGAACACGCAGCAAUGCAGGAUGUUUCAAAACCGGGCUCUAACGGGGUAUGCUUUAAGCAACAACACGCAGGCAACAUGUGCGAAGUACACGCGUAAGUCUUUACUUCUGCCACUACGACAUGAACUGUUACCUGACUGUUGAUCUGCCGGGACCUGACAACAGUGCGGUGAUUGCCUCGGAAAACGGGAUUUGGUGUACCCAAUAUAAUAGUCAGUGAAUAUAAGGUUUUGUUUUCCGGUGAAGCUUUUGUCUUACACAGUUUUUAAUAUUUCUGAAAAGCCAUCUUUAGAAAAUUCCUCCAAGUAGAUCCGAAUGAAUAAAUCCUUACACUAUAAUUGCUAGUUCGAGCGAGUUUUUCAAGAUAAUUAUUAUUACCAUUCUUUGUACUACCAUUCUUUUGUACUACCAUUCUUUUUCGAGAUGAAAUGGAAUUUAUUACGCCUUUUGACUAAUUUAUGUUCCGAGCUGUAAUGUCCUUUUUAUUGAGUUUAAUAAUGUUUCAUUAAAUGAUGUUAUUUACCUUGAUUUACCAUUUUCAUUCAACUCUUAAAGUUGAGAUAAAUUGAUAUGUUUGGUUUGUUUACAUUAUUUAAUGUCAAUUUCACAUUUUUUUAGGCUAAGUUACUAUUAUGUUGGUGCUUUUUGUAAGCCGUAUUUUUUAUAUUGCAUUAAAACACUAGCGCAGUUAUAAAGCUCCUCUGUAUUGAAGUUGUUUACCAGGUAAACACAAGUUAAGUUGAUGUACUCUAUACCAAGGAACGUAUUAUCCCUCAUACACUGGAUCCGCCAUCACUGUUCCGGCAGUCACUAACCAGGCGUCAACCAUACCACCGGUCACAUGUAACCAGGCGUCAACCAUACCACCGGUCACAUCGUCGGCAAAACAAUCUCCGACGGCAGCUUCAUCGAAAGGUCUAGUCACCAAAACCUCAACACAACGAACAACUCGUUCUAGUCCAAGGUCUAGCACUACAAGGUCUAGUACAGCACGUUCUAGGACUACAAGCUAUACUGUGAGUGCGUCGGUACAGCAGGGUUCAAACACACAGGCCAGCUGCCAAAACCUACAGACUUCAUCCACCAACUCAGGACUUACCGCCGGUGUGGCGGUGGCGACGUUCUGUAUAGGCGUACUACUGGGCGUUCUAGGCUUGUAUCUGUUCACACGCCGCAGAUAUGGUGGACAAGAAGCACGGCAAAUACUGGAAAAUAUCGAAAUGGACCGAUAGCGAAUGGAGGAAGCACCGUGUGACUCUUCGUUAGAAAAUGAGCAAUCUAUAGGUGUCUAGCCGGCAUUACGAAAUGUCCUCAUCAGGUCAAUUGAUUUGUUCAGAAGCAAAAUAUUAUACGCAGUAUACUGUUACCUCAUACACAUUUGUAACGUUGAUUGUGAUGGUUGUGUUUCGAUUAUUUGAUAUAAUGCACAGUGUAUAUAAUUGUUAUCAGUUCCAUUAAAUGUUUGUUUAUGGGGCCUGUUUUCGUGUGAGUAAACAAUAAAUCCGUUUAUAAUUUGAAACAGUGUAUAACAUGUACAUCGCAUAAACGUGCAAUACAGUCCUAUUGACACAAGUUACCCAAACAUGGCAUACUCUAAGGUCAUACACCGUCAUAGCACACAUAUUACACAAAUACAGAGAGUUCUUGUCAAAGGAUUGUUUUUGGUAUAAAUAUUAAGCUUAUGAGUGCAUACCUGCGCAACUUUCAUCUGGGUUAACAAUGUUAUAAACAAGAGCGCCCCUUUCUUUCCAGUUGUGUCACCUGUUGGUUCAAUGUAAAGUAUUUGAUACAAAAGCAAAUAUAAAGCAAUUUCAACCUACAUCAGGAUUGACAUGUGUUAUCUCGUAAAUGAGGUAUAUUUUUCGCGACAAAUAUAUGCAUACCGCUAUCUAUUGUUUUAUGUCUGACUGCCAUGUAUUUUCCACAUCAAACCCCUUGGCAAACAACCACGACAACUGCGAAACAUGAAACAAUUGAAUAACAUAAAUAUAUGUUUUGUAAUUUUUAUUGUAAUAAAUUAUUUGGAUGUAUUAU